GAUGAUGAUGAUGACGACCUUUGCGACGGAGAUAUGACGACAGAAUAAUUUCUUCAUUUUCCUGUAGGGCAAUAAACAAGUAAGUUGAAAUCAGGAGGAAUCAUGGAUUUGUUUGUUUGUCUAUGGUUACAAUCAUAACAUGUGGACACAUAUAUGAAUAUAGAGAUAAAUAGUUAUUACCAAUGUCUUUCUAAUACAUUCAGUAAAUCAAAAAAACAGUUAAACAGGAUAUAUGAUCUUCUACACUAAAUGAUCCGCAUACAAGUACACACAUAUGAAUCGACUCUCUGUUAAACACACUACCUACUAGCACUUUACACACUUCAAUAAUAAUGACAUCUGAAGAGUACUUCAACAGGAAAGUCAACUGAUAUAAUGGAAUAAAUAAAUUAUCAGAAAAUUAUUAUUAUUAUUCAAUAAUGUUAUUAGUAGAUUUCGACAGAAGUUACCAUCAUCAAUCACGUUUAUUAUCUUAUUGUUUUUGUCAAAUAAUCAUUUUAUAUAAUAUUUGGAUAUGGAUAGAAUCAUCAAAUAUAGAGGUUAAUGCAGUCACUAUGGUAAUGCAUAAUCUAUCAUUAGGAUCUUCAAAUUAUUUUCCAUUGAAAUCAACUUAUAAUGAAUUGAAUCGUUCAAGACGAUAUAUAUCAAUAAGUCAAAAUUUAAUUCAACUGAGUUAUAAUUGUGUUGUAUAUGAUGAGACAUCAAUGAAUAGUGUUCUCAUAGAUGAGAUUAAUGGAAAUACUUGUCAAUUGUUAUCAACACAAAUGUUAUCAAAUUUAGAAAAAGUAUCAAUUAGUAUAAAGAUUAUUACAACAGGUAAUCCAUUAGCUAAAUACUUUACCAUUGAUUUAAAUAAUUAUACAUUGAUUACAGUUCAACGAGUUGAUCGUGAAGAAUUAUGUGCAUAUACUACACAGAUGACAGAGUCAUCAAUAUCAUCUACUGUUUCAAUACCGAAUUCUUUAAGGAUAUGUUGUAUAAAUCAUAGGAAGGAGUGUAUAUUCCCACUGAAUAUUCUUGUACAGACAAGACUUGAUCAUGAAGAUACUACUACUACUACUAAUAAGAUUUUCAGUAGUAGUGAUAGUAUGAAUGUCAACGAUGAAUAUAACCAUGACAUAUCAUCUAAUACUCGUACUUCAAAUAUCAUCAAAACAGUGGAUAAGGAUAGUAGUAGUAGUAUAGUGACUAAUUUACGCUCAAAAUUUUUCAUAAUCAAUAUAAAAUUAAUUGAUAUCAAUGAUAAUCCACCAAAAUUUCCAAAUCUUCAAUAUACUAUACAUGUAUCAGAAGGAAUCAAUAUUGGAACACGUUUACCUUUACCAUUGGCUGAAGAUUUAGACUCCAUUGAAUACAAUAUUGUUCAAUAUCAAUUGCUUACACAAGGUGAUGAAACAUUUGAGUUGAUUCAGAUAUCCAGUGAAUUUCCUGAACUUUCAUUAACAUCAUCUACCUCCAAUCAAGUACAGUAUGCAUCCUCGAAUCUUGAUUACUAUGUACGUGAUCUUAAUCAUAAUGAUAAUAACUUACCGUAUGGAAAAGAGAAGAAUGCAUUCGUUUACCAUCCUUCACUAUCAUCAUCAUCGUCGUCGUCGUCGCCAGCUACCAACCAACCCUUAUUACUACCUCAUCAUCAUCAUCAUCAAAGCAGACCUGAACAAUUGUACUUGAAGAUAGCUAAACAGUUGGACUGGGAGACUAAACGAAGUUAUCAUUUUGUAUUGAAUGCAGUUGAUAAUGGUUCACCAGCAUUUACUGGACAAAUGUAUUUAGAAAUCAUUGUGACAGAUGAAAAUGAUAAUCAUCCAGUAUUUCGAAAUAAAAGUCUUGUUGUCUAUGUACCAGAGAAUUCACCUGAAGGCUUACGUUUAAUACAACUGAUUGCAGAUGAUCCAGACGAUGGGUUAUCUGGUCAAAUUGUUUACAGUAUAGUGAGUAUUGACGGAGAACACUUGUCGAAUAAUAUGAAAGGUUUACCACUUGCCAAUAAUGACAAUCCCCAUCAUCAAAUUCAACAUAAUGCGUAUAACACCUCCAUUGUGGGCAAAAGUAAUAAACCCAUCGACACUCCUACUAUUACUACUACUACUACUACUACUAAAAACAAUAAGAACAGUAGUAGUAGUAGUGCAAGAAGGGGCUUGUUUGAAAUCGAUCCAAAAACCGGUUGGUUGAGUACACGUGCAAGAUUAGAUUAUGAACAAUCUAAGCAUCAUCUUAUUCGUGUACUUGCUCAUGAUCAAUCUGGUCAUCCAGGAUUUGAUGAAGCUAUUGUAAGCAUAUUUGUAACUGAUGUAAACGAUGUCCCCCCUCAAAUCACAGUGGAAUCAGUCAAUGGGAUAACUUCAAAGAAAUCCAGUGAUGACAGUGAGGAAAGGAACAAUGUAUUACAGGUAUAUAUCAAUGAAACACCAGGACAGAGUGGAAUUAAUCGUCAAUUAAGCAAAAAUUUCGAUGCUUACAAUACAGAAGACAUUUCAUUGUCAACAAUAACACAACUAUUGGCAUUUGUAGUGGUCAGUGAUCCAGAUACUGGUCCUGGUGGCAGUUUCCAAUGCUAUUUAGAACCAAUGACUACAAGUAAUGUCAAUCACAAAGUUCAUCACCAAACAUCACAGACGUCUUCACUUAAAGAAAUGCAACGAUUAGAAAGACUUUUCUAUCCCACCAUACAUCAUACUACAGCUGAGGAACAUAAUCUGCAAUCGGCAACAAUUAGCAACAGUCAAACUUCUAUGAUUGGUCCAUUUCAACUGAAUCCAAUAUCCAGUGUUAAUUUUGAGUUAAUUACUAUUGGUGGAUUUGAUUAUGAAUUCAGCCAAUCAGAAUGGGCUAAAAUCGUCUGCAUCGAUAACGGUGAACCAAGUCUUACCUCCAGUCAUGUGAUCAAGGUGUUUGUUCAAGAUGUAAACGAUAAUCCACCAGUGUUUUCACGAGAUUAUUACAAUUUUGUAGUACAAGAAAAUAGUCCAGUGAAUACUUUUGUAAACAAGGUGAUUGCAACAGAUGUAGACAGUGAAAAGAAUUCUGAGAUUGAAUAUCGACUUAGCAUUGAUAUCAAUGAAUAUUUCAGUAUUAAUCAAUUGGAUGGAAGUAUUUAUACAAAUGUUAUAUUCGAUAGAGAAUUAAGGCAGAAUUAUCGAUUUCAAGUGUAUGCCAGUGAUCAUGGUCAACCGAAGUCAUUGACGUCGACAUCAACCAUUGAAGUGAACAUUCUUGAUUUGAAUGACAAUACACCAAUGUUUGUUGGAUUAGAUCGUGAUAAUUGUUAUCAUUUUCGUGUGGCUGAAAAUCAACCAUCGAAUACUUAUGUUGGUAUACUACUUGGAACUGAUAAUGAUAUUGAUGAAAAUGCUCAAUUACUUUUCCGUUUAGUUGGUUCAUCAUCUAAAUUUAAGGUGAAUAUAUCAACUGGUGAAUUGACAACUCUUCAAAUGUUGGAUAGAGAAAAACAAUCCAAUUAUGAAUUGGUUGUAUUAUUAAGUGAUAAAGGUAAACCACCACGUUCAACAACAUCUAAAGUUUAUAUUCAUGUGACUGAUACAAAUGAUCAUGAUCCAAUUGUUGUUUUUCCUGCUAAUGGUAAAGGGAAUGUUAGUGUCUCAUAUCGUGAACCACCAGGAGAGGUAGUAGCUCGGAUUGAAGCACGUGAUCCAGACGAAGGUCAUAAUGCUUUAUUACACUUUACAUUGUAUUCUGGUAAUCAAGCUUCAGUAUUUCGUCUUGGGAGUACAUCAGCUGAACUGAUUAUUGAUCGUGAAUUAACUGAACAAGAUAUUACUGUUUAUCCAUUAGUAAUACACAUUCAAGAUUCUGGUAUACCAUCAAGAACAACUGAAGUAAAAUUAUGGGUUAAGAUAACCGAUUCACCACCACGUGUUUAUUCACAUCAAUUCUCUGAUCUACACUCUGCUGACGAUUCAAAAUCGCUAACUUUACAUCGUCGAUUCAAAGAUGGUCAGCAUUCAACUGAUGAUCAAGGCAAAAUGAUGAGAAUCAAUGAAUUCCCUAAUAGUCAAGAAGAUAAUUUUAUAAGUGCUGGUUCUAUUCUCGUUGCAAUUGUUGCUUUGAGUUGUGCAAUUAUUCUUGUCCUCCUAGGUAUCACUGUCUAUGUAUGCGGUAGGCGGGGAUUUCACACAUUUCGAUGUUAUAAUAAUACUAAUAAUUGUAAUAGUAAUGAUAGAACACAAUAUUUAACUCGAAAUCAUAAUUCAAUCAAUAGUAUACAAAAAUUAUCUAAUGAAAAAAUUAAUUGGAAAACAAUUUUCAAUUCCAACUUGAAUACUACUCACAAUAACAAUAACAGUAGUAAUAAUAUUCAUACAUCAAAUAUAACCUUAUACCCAAAUAAAUCAAUAUUAAUCGAUAAAGACAAUGGGAAUCUUUUACAAUAUCAUAUUGAUUCAAAUGAUCCUACAAUAUUGAAUAAUGAAGAGGAUUAUACUGAUCGUCACACAGAAUCUGUACAUUUAACACCAUUGAUCAUUGAACAAAAUCAACACUGUUAUCACCAUCAUCAUCAUCAAGAACAACCACAAUCAUAUCAUGAAGGUUAUACCACUUUUAUACCAUUAUCUGAACGUUCUACAAAUUAUACUACAUUACCAACAGAAGAAACGAAACACUCUAUUUAUAUACCAUUACCAUUAUCAUUCAUGUCAAGUGAUCGAUUAAAAGAAAACUAUGAGAAGCAUUGGACAUUGAAAGACUAUUCAUCAUCUCCUCAAACUAAUCAGAAACUUAUCUCUUUUAUUACUUCAAAAGGAUAUCAUAGUCAGGAAAAACAAAAGGAUGAAGAAGAUGGAGGUAGAAAACACGAAUUAAUUGACCAAUCAAAAGUCAUACCAUUUCAGUUAACCACAGUAAAUGUUACUACUAGCACAGACAAUAAAGAUAUUGUGAACAAUAGUUAUCAGGAUAAAAUUACUCAUGGUUGUUUUACACAAUCAUUAAAGUUAAAAAAGUUGGAUAAAUCACAGUCAUCUGGUGAUUCCUUAGAAAUCAUUAGACCAGAUUGUUCAUUGAAUAAUCAACAUUCUGAUUAUCCAAAUUCAGAGAAUCAGAUUAGAACUGCUAGAAGCUGGGAGUAUAUAUUUAUACCACAUAUCAGUCAGUCAUCUUCACAAGUAUUGAAAGACAAUAAAACUUAUAAGAAAUCAACAACGUUAGACGCUAACUUUACUAUUUGUACAAAUCCUAAGGAAAUCCAUAAGCAUCAAGCCGAAUGUAUGCCAAUUCUUCAAAUGAAACCAAUUCAAUCAUCAUUUCAACCAAUUAUACAAACAAUAAAACAUAAACAAAUGAAUGUAAACUCAGAUUAUAUGCCAACAGUGUCAAAAACUUUAAAUUAUACAAAAAUUGACCUAAACAACCUUGAAAAAGCUAAUCAAUUAGUAAAUCCCAAUACAUAUACAACCUUUUUAAACUCUACUACAUGUGAAGAACAUGAAGAAGAAGAAGACGAAGAUUAUACUUCACCUGAAAAAUCAAUAAUAGACAAGAUAAAUCGAUUACCUGAAAAUUUCAAUCAUCAUUAUCAAUCAGUAGCACCUAUAAAUCCUAUUAAUUUAGUAGAUAAACGAAUAGAUUAUACAAAAUGUAAAUGUGCUACAACAUAUACUACUAAUAAUACAGUUAGUAGUAGUAGUAGUAAUACUAAAAUUAUCAGCCAAGGUAAUGAACAAUAUUGUUUACAUGAUGAGAAUAAUUCAAUGAUUCCAACUGAUUUUGUUUAAAUGAAUCAAAUUAAUGCAAAUCUUAUUACUGACUAAUUAUUCAAAGUUUAAACAAACACUUGUAUACAUUGAAAUAUUCUCUAGUUCACUCUCAUUCACAUAUCUAUCCACAUUGGCACAUAUGAAUAAAUCAGAAUCGUAUAGAAAACUUUAUCAACGUAAACAACAAGUUAUUAUGUUACAUUUUCUCUAAAUAAAAUUUCUAUAUG